AUGUCACUCCAGACAAUUUAUGUCACCCGGCACGGUGUAAGUAGUCCUCUCAGCCCGUCAACUACCUGUUAACCAGGCUGACAUACCCUCUACUGCAGUUCCGUAGCAACUGGGUGGUAGACGCCAAGACAGGAGAAUACAGCGCCUCGAUCCCCUCCCCCACCGGAAUCGCAUCAGACCCAGCAUUAGCAGGAAAAGGCGUGGAGCAAUCCCACGAACUCGCUGCGCAUCUGAAGACUCUCUCACCACCUAUCGAGCGAUUCUAUUCCUCCCCAUUCUACCGAUGUAUCCAAACUAUCCUUCCCGCCGUGGAAGCCAUUGCAAGUACCACCAGCGACCCUGAGACGAAGAAAAUCCGCGGCGAGAAUGGCAUUGGCGAAUGGUAUGCAUAAAUACAUUCAAAUUUUCUCCCGAUGGGAGGGAAUAUUGACAUAAAAUACAGGUACGGCAUGGCGCGAUUCGACCAUCCAUCCCCGGCCGAACCACAACUUUUAAAGAGUAUAUUCCCACGAUACGACUUGGAAUACACACCCGUAAUAAAGCCCAGCGUCAACGGCGAGACAAUCAAGGAAUUGCAUGAUAGAACGGCGUAUGCACUACAUCGAAUCAUUGAACAGAGUGAUAAGGAGGGGGUAAAGGCCAUUGUGAUUUGUACACAUGCUGCUACAUUGAUUGCUGUUGGACGAGCACUGACAGGACACAUGCCGGAGGAUAUUGAAGAGGAGGAUUUCAGACCUUUUACUUGUGGACUCACUACUUUUACUAGAGCUUCGAGUGGAAAGUCUGAAGAGAGUAAACUUGGGAAAUGGGAAGGCCCCGGGUCGGAGAUUCCGGUCGUUGAUUGGAGGGAGGGGAAUGGUGUUGGUGGGGGAUGGAAACUUGGGAAGAGUGGGGAUUGUAGUUUCCUCAGUGGAGGAGAAGAGAGAGGAUGGUGUGUUAUCUUCUCUUUGCGUACUCCUUCAUAAUUCUUUUACUAACUUCGAGCAGGCGGUUUUCUGGAGACGAGUCAUUCAUCGCAGCUUCAGGGCAGGCUACUGAACUCGAUGCGGGGUCUGGACUUGGUGUCAUCAUAGAGGGGAACAAACCUGGGAGUCCAAGAUUAUGA